AUGUCUCACUCUCCCGAGGAAACCACUGUUCUCCCCAACGAAGUCCAAGCUGUUACUACCGAGGCCAACCACCAGGUCCAGAACAUCGCUGAAGACUCGGGAAAGCUAGGUGUAGCGGACGCGACCAACCAAGAAGACACCGUGAUGGAGGAUUCUCAACCCGAGGAAGAGGUGUUGCCCAUUCUGACUCCCGCUCAAGUUGUAAAGAAGAAGGUGCAAGAAAGAGAAGCCUGGUCUCUUGAGAUCUGUAAACUGUAUUCCAAGCCUGAACAACGCACUGAACAAGAUGAUAUGAAGAUUCAUCAGCUUGGUGAAGCUGUCAAGCGAAUUACCAGAACAAUGAAUUCCUAUUCGGAAGUGUGGGGAACCCCUGGUCCAGCCCAACGAGGAACUGAAGCCUCAAAGUAUGCCAACAUGCCCAGCGGAUCAGGAGGUUUGGCCAUUAGCCGAUUGGAUCUACCCAAGUGUAACAUCGAAGGCAAGGUGAACGAGGAGUUCAAGAACGAGCCAGUAUUCAAGAACAUCGAUGAACUUCUGAUCAUCUUUGAAGACAUUGUGAGCUCUGCUGAUCAAGAUGUCGAAGUCAUUUGGAAGAAGUAUCUGUCCCUUACUAUGAACUCGAAAGAUAAGCUUUGGGUACGUAAGGAGGUCAUGUCAUGUAAUAACUGCACCAAGGCCAAGGAAGUCAUCGCCGCUCACUUCAGCAACCGCAAAUUAAGGUUGAGAGCUACUCAACAGCUGGUAUCCAUGAAGAUGCGACAAGGAGAACUACUGACCCAAUUUGAUGCUAGGUUUUCGCGUGCUUUGGAGGAGUCUGGUUUCGAGGUGAGUCAACAGCUCAUUGCUGAUCUGUACUUGUUGGCUUUGCCUGUUGCUUCGCAACCGGUGUUGUUUACCUUUGUGAGUGCGCACUUGAGGGAAGGACAAGAGCAUGGGACUUGUGAUGAUGUCUCACAAGCCGCCAGCAAGCUGUUUUCUGGCAAGAUGCCAACUGAAGAGGAGGUCCUUGGUGAGCAAGAGGAUACUGGCAAGAGAAGAGCCAGCAAAGGUACUGAGUCUCGUGCAUCCAAGAGAAGAAGCCUUCCACCCCCUUCGACGGCUAAGAAGUAUUGCAAGAACCAUGGGAGCAACAACUCUCACACCACGGAGGAGUGUGCGAUGAACAGACGAGGGGCUGAACGAAGAGUUGAAGCGGAAUCUUCAAGACCAGCAAGAAAACUCCUUGAUAAUCGAAACCAACCUCGGGCUGAUACUGGUAACCCCCGUAACCACUGUAUAAGAGACUGCUUCUGUGGCCGUGGUUGUGAAGAGUUUCACAACAACGCGAAAACCAUUUUGUCUGUCUCGGCUGCAAAGCAAAAAAGAGAAGAUGAACAUUACCAGUUUGAGUGUAAGAAAACACCUAAUAAUACAUUAAAUAAUUUCAAAAAUCUAAUCACGCCCAUUAUCUUGUAUAAUAGGAAGCUCAAAGGAAACGUAGACACCGGUUCUGAUCUCACUUGUAUUAAUAAAUACAUAGUUGACAAUUUUUUUCCCUCUUUAAAAAUUAAUAAAAUAAAUGGAACUUUAAAUUACUUGUCUAACACUGCUAAAAGAAUUGGUCAAACCGAACCUAUAACUAUUAAAUAUUUAAAUAACGUCUGUUUUGAAUUUUGUUUCGAAGUAGUAGAAUUUAAUGAUACAUUGGAGACUGAUUUUGAUGUACUUCUUGGUACAGAUAUUCUCUCAAAGUUGAAUAUUAGAUUAACCAACGUAGCUUAUAUAUAUUACGAUGAUGAUGAAAUUAAUGAAGAACUCCAAUUUGGCAGUUCGAAUCACGUUCCAUCUAUAUAA